AUGUCAAAGCAGACUGCUCCCAAGGACUCCAAGGCUGGAGUUCAAGCCAUCAUCAAGGAGCAUCACCCUGCUGCCGUGUAUGUGCACUGUGCUGCGCAUUGCCUUAACCUGACUCUGGUCAAUUCAUCGAAAAUUCUUCCGAUAGGCCCUGCUUUUACCCUAGUUUCUCGAAUCAUCACCUUACUUCGCGGUUCUGCAAAGCGUUCUGAUGCUUUCUGUGAGAACAUACGGAAGUUGCAGCCCGAAGCUAGCAAAACUGCAAUCCCAAAGAUGUCUGACACUCGAUGGGUUGAACGACACGAUGCUGUUCUGACUUUUAUCCAGCUGAAGCCUUCCAUUGAAGCUACACUAGAAGACAUCAGCAAUUGGCCUGGGGAAAGCUGUGCUUCUGACUGCUGUGCUUAUCUGGCUAGCAUGAUGCGGUCAGAGUUCUUGAUUGCCCUGAUGUCUAUGAAGCACCUGCUGGGGGCGACUAAAGCUACCAGCAUUGCUCUUCAGGGACCUCCGCUAGAAUUGCCUCAGUCAAUGGAUCACAUCCGGAACUUGCGUCACCUCUUUCAACAAUGGCGCGAUGGUGAAGGCAAUGGCCGCUACGAAAAAGUCCAUUCUGACGCUGCAAAGCUGGGCGAUAUUCGAAUAGAGGGUAGAAGAGGCAGACCUCCUGUAGCAUCAUCGGCUUAUGAUCACUUCAGACAGACCGUUUACUUGCCCUUUCUUGAUUUUGUCCUGAUGGAUCUCAAGGAACGCUUCGUUGGAGCAGCUUCUUCUUGUGCCCAAGUGUGCAAGCUGCUACCCCGUUGGAUAAGUGAGAAGGAUGCACAGGAGGAAGAUUUUGAUGAUCUGGUCCAGUUAUACGAAGGAAUACUUCCAGAUGGUGACUUCCCCAGCGAGUUCGAAGUUUGGAAAAAUAUGUGGCGCUUCCCCCUGUACACCGAUACCCCAGAAACCUUUACAGCUGCACUCAGAGUGUGUCACAAAGCCACAAUGCCAGUAAUUUUUACUUUGCUCCAGAUUGGUGCUUCCCUCCCAGUGACGGUAUGCACUGCUGAGCGCUCUUUUUCGAGCAUGAAACUACUAAAAAGUUACCUCCGCUCCAACAUGAAGGAGGACCGACUCUCAAAUUUGGCGCUAAUUUACAUUCACAAAGAUGUAGAAAUCAAUGUCGAAGAGGUCAUCGACAGAUUUGCCGCAAAAAAUCGAAGACUCAAUUUUGUUUAA